UAAGUUGGGGUAUUGUGAUAUGGGUGUGCAAUGUGAUAUGCCAGUAUAUUUCGUAAACUAUUCAUGUUUUGACAUGAAUCUUUCCGAGAAUACAAAAGCAACUGUAAAAAACUGUUGCUGCAAAGCUGCGCGUGCUACUGAACACUUCGUGUGCUCUCAGUGUGCCAAAAAGUUUAUAGUAGUGCGGUCACCAUUAUUUCAACGGGCGUUUCGACAAAGGAUUAUUCAGAGUUUAAUUCAUAUUUUAGAAUUCUAGUAAUUUUUUCUUGAUCUUUCGUUAAUAUAAUUAACCGUAAUUCAGUUUUUCGCAAUGCCGAAGAAAGGAGAAAUUCGUAAGUGGAAUGCAGAAAACAUGAAAAAAGCCAUACAGGCUGUAAGAGCCGAAAAGAUGGGAAUACUUCUGGCAUCGAAAACGUAUGGUGUCCCAUUUGCAACCUUGCAAAGAGCUGCCCGCAGCGAUAAAACAAUCGACGAAAUAUUAGCUAUUCCAUUGGGACGUAGGCCGGUUUUUAACCGAGGUGUUGAAUUAGAGCUGGUAAGAUAUUUGAGAGAAAUGGAGGCAAAGUUUUGGGGGCUCACUCGAAGUGAUGUGCGUUCGCUUGCAUUUCAAUUAGCAAAGCGAAAUAAUAUUGAGAACCCAUUUUCCAUAAUCAGGGAAUGCGCCGGAAAAGAUUGGUUGCGUAGCUUUCUAAAUAGACAUAAAACGGAAAUAAGUUUACGCUCUGCCACAGGUACCUCAAUCGAGAGAAUCAAAGGAUUCAAUGUGGAAAAUGUGAGCAAGUUCUAUAAUUUAUUGGAGCAGGAGUUUGAGAAGCAUAAAUUUUCUGCAACUAGAAUAUGGAAUGUUGAUGAGACAGGAGUGUCUAUCGUGCAAAGUAAGCAGCCAAAAAUUUUAGCAGCAAAAGGCAAAAGGCAAAUUGGUUGCAUGACUUCAGCAGAAAGAGGAUCUCUCAUAACAGUUAUAAGCUGCAUGAGCGCAGGAGGAGCCUUUGUUCCACCAUUUUUCAUUUUUCCAAGAAAAAAUCCCUCUCCGCUUUUAAUGAAACAUGCUCCCCCUGGUUCCGAUUCUGCUUGUCACAUAUCGGGAUGGAUACAAAUACCAAUAUUUACCGCGUGGUUUGAUCACUUUUUGGGAUUCACUAAUCCAUCAAAGGAGAACCCAAUCUUGCUUAUUUUAGAUGGCCACUACAGUCAUACGCGAAAUGUUGAUGUUUUGGAUAAGGCUCGUCAAAAUGGCGUCAUUAUCUUAUCAUUGCCACCUCAUUGUACACACAAAAUGCAACCCUUAGAUAAAGCAUUUAUGGGUCCUCUUAAAACAUAUUACAAUGACGAAAUAAGACGAUUUAUGCGAGAGCAAGGCCGAAAGGUGACACAAUUUGAUGUAGUUGAGCUGUUUUCAAAGGCUUAUCUGAAAGUUCAAACGGCACAGAUAGCAAUUAAUGGGUUCAAAUGCACUGGUAUCUAUCCCUUUGAUAAAAAUAUUUUCCAGGAAAGUGAUUUUAUGGAGCAACGCCAAGAAAAUCCGCUGAAAGAUACUCAACCUAUAGAAGAUAUAUUUUAG